CGGCACUAUCACCAGCCAGGAACUGUGCACAGAGCUGCCGAAACAGAAUUUUUUAUGUUUCGCUUGUUCCUUCAGCCCUCUGGGACUCAACUAGACGGAAAAAGUACUAAAAAUGGUUCCCGUCAGACAGGAGGAGGUCAAAGCUCAGAGAAGUCAAGUCUCUUGCCCAGGGCCACACAGCAAAUAAGGAGGAGAGCUGGGCUUAGAACCUGGAUUCUGAUGUGGGACCUUGGAAGUACUAAAAAGCACAUAGCAGGCUCUCUGGGAUGAGUGAAGAGGCACGAAUGCAUAUUUUGUCUGUUUGUUCAUUUUGAGACAUGGCCUUGCUAUGUAGUUCAGUCCAGCCUUGAAUUUACUGUGUAGCCCAGGCUGGCCUUGAAGUCCCAGGGAUCCUCCUGCCUCAGCCUCUGGAGUGCUGGGAUGACAGGCGUGGGCCACCACACCCAGCAGAAGUGAAUGAUGCAUUUGACAGCUGCACAUAUAUCCUAAAUAAUAACAGAGAGGAAUUACUGAGUACCUCUUGGAUUCCAGCUAUGGAUUGUGUAGCCUCCCAUCAGACCGUCCCAACAGCUCUGCAGGCUGACAGUGGCUCCUGGGACCAUGGGCCUUGGGCCCUGAGGACACAGGGUUCCCUGUGGCCAUGACGACAGGCGACUGCUGCCACCUCCCAGGCUCCCUGUGCGACUGCUCAGGCAGCCCUGCUUUCUCCAAGGUCGUGGAGGCCACGGGCCUGGGGCCUCCGCAGUACGUGGCACAGGUAACUUCGAGGGACGGCCGGCUCCUCUCCACAGUCAUCCGGGCCUUGGACACGCCGGGCGACUGUCCCUUCUGCCGGAUCUGUCACGAGGGGGCCAAUGGGGAGAGUCUGCUAUCUCCGUGUGGCUGUACUGGCACGCUGGGUGCUGUGCACAAGAGCUGCCUGGAGAAGUGGCUGUCCUCGUCCAACACCAGCUACUGCGAGCUGUGCCAUACGGAGUUUGCAGUGGAAAAGCGGCCCCGGCCUCUCACAGAGUGGCUGCGGGACCCAGGGCCACGCACGGAGAAGCGGACGCUGUGCUGCGACAUGGUGUGCUUCCUGUUCAUCACACCGCUGGCUGCUGUCUCGGGCUGGCUGUGCCUGCGUGGGGCCCAGGACCACCUUCGGCUGCACAGCCGGCUGGAGGCCGUGGGGCUGAUUGCACUCACCAUUGCCCUCUUCACCAUCUACGUCCUCUGGACGCUGGUCUCUUUCCGGUACCACUGCCAGCUGUACUCUGAAUGGAGAAGGACGAACCAGAAAGUCCGCCUGAAGAUCCGGGCUGCUGAUGGCUCCGAGGACACCCAGCACUCCCCGCUGGCAGCUGGACUCCUGAAAAAGGUGGCAGAGGAGACGCCUGUGUGAAGGCCAGGGUGGCAGAGAGGCCAGAAGCAGCUGGCCAUGCCCUGGUGUUGGAAGGGAUGGAUGGAAACCAUUGGAGCCUUCCUGCUCAGCCAGAACGCUUCUGGGGCCAAGAGCUACUUCCGGCGGAGUCUGUUCCAUGAUCCCAUGCGAACACAUUGUCAGGUUUUUUGCACACUGUUGUACGUCACAAGGACAGACGGACAAGGUCCUGAGCUUCAGACGGAGCACGCACUCUGAUCUCAUUCUGAGGUCUGUUUGGCACCUCCCAGGCCAGCAGCUGUGGCCGGAUCAUCAAGAGCGCCCUUGGGCUGGAAGUUCCCAGCAAGCUUCUUGCGCUCCUCUGUAUCCGGCAGGCUUGCUUUCCUGGCACCCUUGACUUUCUAAAGUUGCACGGCGUUUCAAAAACCCACCCCUGAGUGAAUAAAAGGAACCCUUGCUGGAUGCA